AGACCACACCUAAUAAUAAACUAUUAUUAUUACUUCGUAGUACAUAAAACCCUCCUUAAACCUCGACCAUUCUUAAUUAUCAGGUAGCCAUGGUCAUUCCGGCGUCCAGAAGUUCGUGCGAUAAUCAACUGAAGAGGCACAAGGGCAAUAACUUUGUUGAUCAGGCGGCGGCGAUGGCGAUCCUUAACGGAGAACACCUGGCGGUGCCGCUGCAGGACAUGCGCGGGAUACGCAAGACGAGGAUCGUGUGCACGCUCGAGCCGGCUUCCCGGUCGGUCGAGAUGAUAGAGCGCCUCCUCAUUGCGGGCAUGAACGUCGCCCGGUUCAACUUCUCUCAUGGGUCCCAUGAAUACCACCAGCAAACCCUAGACAACCUGCGAUUGGCCGUCCGGAACACCUCCAUUCCUUGCGCCGUCAUGCUCGAUACUAAGGGCCCAGAGAUAAGAACAGGGUUCCUAAAGGAUGGGAAGCCAAUUGAACUGAAACGAGGCCAGGAAAUCACAAUCACUACCGAUUAUUCAAUCGUCGGUGACGAAACCCUCAUCCCCAUCUCCUACCACAAGCUCGCCUCCGACGUCUCUCCGGGAAGCACAAUCCUCUGUUCGGACGGCACCAUCACCCUCACUGUCCUCGAAUGCCACGUGGAUUCGGGGCGCGUCCUGUGCAGGUGCGAGAACUCAGCCGUUUUGGGGGAGCGCAAGAACGUGAAUCUGCCCGGGGUUGUCGUCGACCUGCCCACACUGACCGAAAAGGACAAGGAGGACAUUCUCGGGUGGGGCCUGCCGAACAAGAUCGACAUCAUUGCCCUGUCUUUUGUCCGCAAAGGGUCCGACGUUGCGACGGUCAGAGAGAUGCUUGGGGAGCACGCCAAGAACAUUGUGGUUAUGUCUAAGGUUGAGAACCAAGAAGGGGUGGACAACCUGGAUUCUAUUCUGAAGAACUCGGACGCGUUCAUGGUGGCCAGGGGCGAUUUGGGGAUGGAGAUUCCCACGGAGAAGAUUUUUCUUGCGCAGAAAGUUAUGAUCGGGAUGUGCAACUUGCAGGGCAAGGCAGUGGUCACCGCCACUCAGAUGCUUGAGUCAAUGACUAAGUGCCCACGCCCCACACGCGCCGAGGCCACCGACGUGGCGAACGCGGUGUUGGACGGCGCCGACUGCGUGAUGCUCAGCGGGGAAACGGCGGCCGGCUCCUACCCGGUGGAGGCGGUGACGACCAUGGCCAAGAUCUGCCUGGAGGCGGAGAAGUGCAUCAGUCACGACGACGUUUUCAACAUGGCUUUGAAGAGCUCGCGGAUUCCGAUGUGGCCGGAGGAGAGCCUGUCCUGCGCCGCCGUGCAGGCGGCAAACUGCGUCGGCUCUGCCUUGAUCGUGGUCCUCACCAAUGACGGCAAGGCGGCGAAUCUGGUGGCCAAGUUCAGGCCGAAAAUGCCGAUUCUGUCGGUCGCCGCCGGUGACGAUGCCCCCGUGAGGCAGGGGCUUGUAUACCGAGGGAUAUUUCCUGUUUUGUGCUCUGAAUUGAAUGCUGUCAAAGAAGGCGGUGUGAUGGAGGCGGCCGUGGAAUACGCGAAGCAGAAAAGGCUAUGCUUCACCGGCGACACCGUCGUGGCGCUCAACCUCACCGCCGGGAACGGGAUGAUGCAGAUAUUGAAUGCCUAACUAGGUAAACGGCGGCUGAGAACGAUUUCUAAGAUUGACGUGGUAGAAUAUGGAAAAGCUUUUAUCUCAAUUUAGCUUGGAAUAUAGAAAUUUUUUUCCAUGUUUUGCAACUCUGUUUUGUUUUGCUUUGUUAUUUUGGACCAAAUUCUUUUUUGUUAGGAAAACUUUUUGGGACUCAUGAUAUAAUAUUAUAAAUUGACAACUAUAUC